AAAAGAAGCUCCCAACAUGGCAAGGCCCGGGGAAAAGAGUGGCGGCAGCGGGAAGAAAAGCCUAAAAAGAAAAGCUGCUACCGAAGAACCUCAAGAGGCUGCAGUCACUGGGGAUGGGGCGACAGAAAACGAGGUCCAACCCCCGAAAGCCGCUGCUUUUCCCCCAGGCUUCAGCAUUUCGGAGAUUAAGAACAAACAGCGGCGACACUUGAUGUUCACGCGGUGGAAGCAACAGCAGCGGAAAGAAAAGUUAGCAGCCAAGAAAAAACUGAAAAAAGAGAGAGAGGCUCUUGGUGAUAAGGCUCCACCAAAGCCUGUACCUAAGACCAUUGACAACCAACGUGUCUAUGAUGAAACUAUAGUAGACCCUAAUGAUGAAGAGGUUGCUUAUGACGAAGCUACAGAUGAAUUUGCUUCUUACUUCAACAGGCAAACGUCUCCCAAGAUUCUCAUCACAACAUCAGAUAGACCUCACGGGAGAACAGUACGACUUUGUGAACAGCUCUCUACAGUUAUACCAGACUCACAUGUUUAUUAUAGAAGAGGACUGGCUCUGAAAAAAAUUAUUCCACAGUGCAUCUCAAGAGAUUUCACAGAUUUGAUUGUGAUUAAUGAAGAUCGUAAAACACCCAAUGGACUUAUUUUGAGUCACUUGCCAAAUGGUCCCACCGCUCACUUUAAAAUGAGCAGUGUUCGUCUUCGUAAAGAAAUUAAGAGAAGAGGCAAAGACCCCACAGAACAUGUACCUGAAAUAAUUCUGAAUAAUUUUACUACAAGACUGGGUCAUUCAAUUGGACGUAUGUUUGCUUCUCUCUUUCCCCAUGAUCCUCAAUUUAUCGGAAGGCAGGUUGCCACAUUCCACAAUCAGCGUGAUUAUAUCUUCUUCAGGUUUCACAGAUAUAUAUUCAAGAGUGAAAAGAAAGUGGGAAUUCAGGAACUUGGACCACGUUUUACCUUAAAAUUAAGGUCACUUCAGAAAGGAACCUUUGAUUCUAAAUAUGGAGAAUAUGAAUGGGUACAUAAGCCCCGGGAAAUGGAUACAAGUCGAAGAAAAUUCCAUUUAUAAAGUCCUAAGGAAAUAGUAUUGGAUUUUGAUGAACUUGGCAAAUUAUUUGUGAUAGAACACCCUUUUCAAAAUGGCAUUUAUUGACUUCAUAUAUCUUCACGUGUGAAAAGUUGACCAAAUGCUGUGAAUUGCCACUCUACAUAGCAAAUAAAAGUAAUUUGGGUGAAGAUUUAGAAGUAAUCAUUUAGGCGUCCUAACACUUAACUUUCUUACUUUGGGGCAAAUGUGAAUAAUUCAAACUGAAAUAAAGAUUCAGGUUAACUUUC